GCUCUAUCGCAGCCAUUUCAUCGUUCCACUGACAAUUUCAAAUCUGUACAAUUGGUAGACUCACUUGCCCUUUCUUGUCUGUUCCUUGCUGCUCGGGCGCCAAGUCGUCUUGACCGACUGCUUCGCUUCCGCAAUCUUUGGCGGCAAUGGGCUUGCUUACAACCCACACAAGGCGCCUUCCAUGAGUCCUGUUCUUCCAUCCUCGCAGAAUCUGAUUCAUCAAGCUUGCCUAGAACAUGCAACAUUAAACCAUCCCUUGAUUCGUCCUCUUCCUCAGUAUCAUCUUCGCCUUCUAUUUUUACAAAUUCUGAUCUUCAACUCCUUAAUUUGGGAGCUCAAACGAACGACCUGGCAUCACUUGGACUCCAUUCUUCCAUCUCCUCAGAGAUUGGUGGCAGUUGGGUGGCUGAAUGUAAUCGGACUGCUGCCGCGGGUAGAACUCGAAUACAAUGUACUACCGAACAGGCUCAUGGCUCCCCUAGCCUUCUAUCAGGCACUGUUUCCACGUCGUCUGAUAACCAGUUUAAGACAUCUGAUAUGAGAGUCAACAGUGGGCGGUGUUCGCGUAGCCUCCUACCAGAUAAGCUGCUUCUGGCCCCCUUGCUGGAGCGAGCUGGUCAGAGAUAUAGACAUGAUUCUUCUAAGAUUGCCCAAAACAGCGUUUCUGGCCAGUCGAUGGGACAAAAUCACUGGGUGCUGCUUGUAGGUUCAAAAUGUACCCUCACACAUUUGUCUGGGCCCUUAUGA